AUGGCAUUAGGUAUCCCACCGCCAGAUUCAGUUAUAAAGGAAGGCAUUUUCAUACAACCAUUAACCCCUAUUGGCGAUAGUCUCAUUGGGUCGUUCUUUGUGGGCAUCAUACCGUUGAUCGUUGUGCUCGCACUGCUAGGUAUAUUCCGUGUACCUGCUUAUGGUGCGGCAGCAAGUGGACUCUUCACUUGUAUAUUCAUCGCUAUCUUUGGUUGGCAUAUGCCAGCUCAGCAAGCAUUUGAAGCAAUUGGAAAUGGCAUUGUUUACGCACUUUGGCCCAUUAUGUGGGUUGUGGUGAAUGCAAUGUACUUGUAUAACAUUACAAUUCGAUCUGGAGCCUUUCAUUUAUUUCGAAAAUGGAUGAUGACCAACACACCUCCUGAUAAGAGAAUCAUCCUGCUGAUUAUAUCAUUUUGCUUUGGAUCUUUACUAGAAGGUGUAGCAGGGUUUGGCGUGCCUGGUGCCAUUUGCUCGUCCAUGUUGGUAUCCUUGGGUUUUGAUCCGUUCGAUGCGAUUGUAUAUACCCUGUUAUUCAACACAACGCCUGUGGCAUUUGGCAGUUUAGGUAUUCCAGUAACAACACUUGCAUCCCUAACUGGACUGCCUGUCAUGUCGCUGUCGGCCAUGAUGGGUCGUCAAUUACCAUUUAUCAGUGUACUUUUACCUGGAUAUGUAUUAUCAAUUUUCGCUGGAUUCAAAGCUGGACUUGUUGAAUGUUGGCCCGUGGCACUUGUGGCAGGCUUCGUCUUUGCCAUUGUACAAGCAGUGUUUGCAAAUUGGGUGGGUCCAGAAUUACCAGAUGUGAUAGCUGGCUUGGUGUCCUUAAUUUCCGUAAUGGGGUUUGUACAGUACUGGAAACCACCUUAUCGACGAGAAUACGAAGCCAAUAUGGACUUUUUACUCGCCAACGACUCCUCAAUGACGACAACUUCAGUCGACGGCAGCAGAGAGCAUUUUGACGACCCAGCAAGCCCAAAAAAGGGGAAAAUGAUGGUGGAACAUCAGGAAUCCACAGCGUCCUCUACUGACUUUUCAUCAUCAUCUGUGGAUGUUAUAUCAGCAAAGAAAGAUGGUGGUAUUACUCAUCAAAAUGCGACAGAAUCCCAAGUUAUAGAUACCGCAGAAACAAGACAAGAGCUGGGUAGUAUGGAGAAAUUGACCUGGAGAGAAACAGUUUUGGCAUGGGCGCCAUGGAUCACUGUAGUCAUUGUUGUAAUGAUAUGGUCUUUUGCAAAAGUGUCGCAUGUAGGUCAGAUUAAUGUUCAAUGGCCUCAUCUGCAUGAAAAGGUUUGGCUUACGCUGUAUGGGAAGAAGUACGAUGCCAUCUGGGGCUUCCAACCCUUGGCCACAGGAACCGCUAUUUUAGUAUCUACCAUACCAUUUUCAGCUCUGGUUAUGCUUCAUGGAGUUCAUCCCCGAAUAUUCCCUAAGGCUUUAAAGGAUACCGCUGUGCAACUCUACAGACCCGUUGUCACAGUUUCAUUCAUAAUGGCAUUUGCGUACCUUUUAAAUUAUUCAGGUAUCGUUUAUACAAUUGGUUACCAACUGUCAUCUGUGGGUCGUGCAUUUCCGUUUUUGUCAGCAUGGCUAGGCUGGAUUGCAUGCUUUCUCUCAGGCAGCGAUACAUCAGCUAAUUCAUUGUUUGGUAAUUUGCAAGUGGUGGCUGCCAGGGAGAUUGGACUCUCAACUGUAUUGAUGGCUGCUACCAAUUCUGCCGGUGCCAUUACGAGCAAAAUGGUGUCUCCUCAAAACUUGACUACUGGUGUCUCUACCAUUGGCUUACAAGGCAAAGAAGGGCAAAUUCUGAGACGCACAUUAAUACACUCUGUCGGUAUGUGCUGUAUCAUGGGAGCUAUGGCUUGCAUCCAGCAAUACUUGAUUCCAGGGAUGAUCCCACCUGCCGAGUGA